AUGACCGCUGCUCCGAGGCGGCUCGCCCCCGGGCCGGGCCGGGCCGGGCCGGGCCGCGCGUCCGGCCUUCGGGACCAGGGAGAAAACGCUGGCAGCCCGCAAGCUCCUCCUGCGCCCACGUGCAGCACGCGCAGGCCGGCGGCGCGCACUUCCGGUGGCGGUGCACCACGGGACUUGCAGUUCGCCGGCAAAGAUGCGUUUCGGCCGCGCUGGAUGCUGGGAACUCCACAAAGCUAUGGGGAAGGAGUGCUGGCCCCUGAUCCUGGCCCUGCUGCCCUAGGUGAGGCAGGCGCCAAUAUCAUUGAGGUCUCCAAGGAGGCCCGGAAGCGGUUCCUGGGCCCCCUGCAUCCUUCCUUCAACCUGGUGAAGACCAUCCGAGGCUGCCUGCUGAAGAUCCUGCCUGCUGACAGCCAUGAGCGUGCCAGUGGACGCCUGGGCAUCUCGCUGACCCGUGUUUCAGAUGGCGAGAACGUCAUCAUAUCCCAGUUCAACUCCAAGGAGGAGCUGAUUCAGGCCAAUGUCUGCAGCACUUUCAUCCCCGUGUACUGUGGCCUCAUCCCUCCCUCCCUCCAGGGGGUGCGCUACGUGGACGGCGGCAUCUCAGACAACCUGCCACUUUACGAGCUCAAGAACACCAUCACCGUGUCCCCUUUCUCGGGCGAGAGUGACAUCUGCCCACAGGACAGCUCCACAAACAUCCACGAGCUCCGGGUCACAAACACCAGCAUCCAGUUCAACCUGCGCAACCUCUACCGCCUCUCCAAGGCCCUUUUCCCACCCGAGCCCAUGGUGCUUCGAGAGAUGUGUAAGCAGGGUUACCGGGACGGCCUGCGCUUCCUGCGGAGGAACGGUCUUCUGAACCAGCCCAACCCCUUGCUGGCGCUGCCCCCCACCCCUCACCAUGGCCGCGAGGAAGAGGAAGCUGAGGAGGCUGAAGGGGCUGAAGAGAGGGUCCACCUGGAGGGCCACUCGCAGCCCCCCGGGGAGGAUCACAUUCUGGAGCACCUGCCAGCCAGACUCAAUGAGGCCCUGCUGGAGGCCUGCGUGGAACCCAAAGACCUGAUGACCACACUCUCCAACAUGCUGCCCGUGCGUCUGGCCACGGCCAUGAUGGUGCCCUACACGCUGCCGCUGGAGAGUGCCGUGUCCUUCACCAUCCGCUUGCUGGAGUGGCUGCCCGACGUUCCAGAAGACAUCCGGUGGAUGAAGGAGCAGACGGGCAGCAUCUGCCAGUACCUGGUGAUGCGCGCCAAGAGGAAGCUGGGCAACCACCUGCCCUCCGGGUGAGCCCCCUUG